ACAAACUUCGAUAGGAAUUCAGCAAAAGUUUUUGUCAGCAAGAUAUUCAGCAAGUUUUUCCAAAAAACAGAAUAUUUUUUUGAACCUUAAACUUGCAAUUCAACAUGUCAUUCGCAUUACGUAGCGCUCGUCUCUUGUCAUCCCGCGGCCUCCGUGCUAUGCAAUCUCGUGGAUAUGCCGAAGAAAUGAGCUUCACUCUUGCAGCCGCAAAUAAAGUUUUCUACGAUAAUGCAAAUGUAAGACAAGUUGAUGUUCCAUCAUUCAGCGGAAGUUUUGGUAUUCUUCCUAAACACGUUCCAACAUUAGCCGUUCUUAAACCAGGUGUUGUCACAGUAUAUGAGAAUGAUGGAACACAAAAGAAAGUAUUUGUUUCAAGUGGAACGAUAACCGUCAAUGAAGAUUCAUCUGUUCAAGUACUUGCUGAAGAGGCACAACCAAUUGAAAAUCUUGAUCUUUCAGCAGCCCGUGAAGUGCUGGCACAAUCUCAAAGUGAAUUGUCAUCAGCAUCUACUGACAAGGCUAGAGCUGAAGCUAGCAUUGCUGUAGAAGUUGCAGAAGCUCUUGUCAAAGCUGCUGAGUAAAUUACUCAAGAGUUUGAAAUUUGGAUCAACUUUAAAAAUAUAUUUCGCAAUGCCGUUGCUCCUGUGUCGGUUCCCAUUUAGAAAGUCAAAAUAAAAAAAUAAAUAAAUUAAAAAAACCAAAAUUUGUGCUUUAAUUUA